UCUCUCUAGAUCUUUUCAUCAUCCCCAGUGAUUUUUAUUGUGUUAAAAGAUUGAAGUUCUCAAUCUUCAGCUCGGUUGUUUCAAAAUAACUAAAGUUUGUUGAGUUUUUUUGUCAUUGGGAGGAGUUUCUGUAAUGUGGGUACCGCUGAGUUCUGGAGUUUGGUGAGACAAUGGAGAGAGAAGAUGAGGAGAAGAGUGGGAGGGCUCUGUUUCACUUGGGGCUUGGGGUGAGAGAUGGGAGAAAGCAUGAAGGUGUUGGUGGUUUGGAGGAGAAGGACCUUGGGCCUAAGACCAGAGAGACAGAGCUGAGGUUAGCCCUUCCUGGAGGAGAUUGGCCGGAAGGAAGGCAAACCCAUCUGCCUGAGAAUCCUUGUGAUAACCUGCACUCGAAGAGCAGAACCAACUCUGUUGGUGUAAAGAGGAUGUUUUCAGACACUGUAGAUGGUUUCUCAACUAAGGAAGGAAGCAUCCAUAACUUAGUCGCGUGGUCUUCUUCAACACAACCUUCAUUGACUGUGCUGCCCAGCAAACAGACCGCCCUUCUUCAUUUUGAACAGAAGACCGCUGUGCCAAGCAUGGCAAAGGAGCCACCUCCAGUUGCAAUGCAGCUAGAAUUGAAGAACACAAAUACGGCUGCGUCAGAACAGAGGGUUGUUGUUGGAUGGCCUCCCUUAAGAUCAUUCAGGAAGAAUUUUGCUAGCUCUUCCAGUAAACCAUCGGGGGAAAUUGAGAGUUAUGGGGCUUCUGUGAAGGAGAGUAAGGCAGAAAGCUGUAAGAAAGGGUUGUUUGUGAAGAUAAAUAUGGAUGGAGUUCCCAUUGGAAGGAAAAUUGACCUUGGUGCAUAUGACAGUUACAAGAAACUCUCCGUUGCUGUUGAUGAAUUGUUCCGCGCUCUUCUCGCUGCUCAAAGAGAUACCAUGAGUGCAGCUAAGGAUGGUAGUGGAGAAAAGAAGCCUAUCACAGGACUGCUAGAUGGUAGUGGAGACUACACGCUGGUUUAUGAAGAUGAUGAAGGGGACAGGAUGUUGGCCGGUGAUGUACCAUGGGGAAUGUUUGUGAAGUCGGUGAAGAGGCUGCGGGUAUUGAAGAGCUCCGACUUGUCCGGGCUGCUUGGUGGUUCCUCCAAGCGUCAGCUCAGAAGCAAAGGCUGAAAUGAAGCAGGUCGCUCGUGAUCACGUUCUCGUCUGACACGCAGACUCUUCCUUCACUUUCAUUUUGGGACAUCUCCUGGUUUGCUUUAUUCUGGAUGUAAAGAUGAAGCAACCUGACUGACUACUGCGUUUGUUUCCACUGUCUUAUUGCUUCUUGAGAGAAGAAAGAUGUACAUCAGAUGCUGAUUUUGGUUAAUAUUUCUGAUGCAAUUGCAAGUUGGUAUUCCUGCUUUUACCUUAA